AUGUUGAAAAGCUGGGGAAAUAAUACUUCAGUGGCCAUUUCUGUAGGAAUUUCACUUCUUUUGCUCUUGGUGGCUUGUGGAAUUGGAUGUGUUUGGCGCUGGAAACACCAUGAAAACACACGAUUUACCUUACCGAGUUUUUUGCAGAGGAGAAGCAGCAGGAAAAAAGACUACCAUAAAACAUUUUCCUUGAAUCCCCACAUUAUUGGCUGCAGGCAUAAAAUCUCAGUUGAAACCCAAGAUCACAGAUCUGCCAUCGGGGGAACUGACACACACGACAACUAUGAAAAUGUGGAAGUAGCCCCUCCCAAAGAUAAAGAAGAAACUGAUCAGGAACUCUAUGAAAACACACGGUCCUGUGCAUUCGAGGAGCACAUUUAUGGAAAUGAAACAUCCUCUCCCUAUUAUGACUUCCAGAAGCCCCGUACUUCUGAAGCUCCUCAAGAAGAAGACAUAUACAUUCUUCCAGAUUCAUAUUAGCUUUUCAAAAUAACCGAGUUUUGUUAUUGUAGGAUAAAUAUUCGCUGUG